AUGCCCCCUCGGUUACGGUGUUCAAACUUUUCAACACCGGCCGCUCCAUCACAGGUCACUCAGUGCUUAGUUGCACGGCCACAACCCGUCUCGAAUCCGUCACGGCAUUCGCGGCAAUUCUCACAGACACCAUGUCCACAAAUCACAUUACGGCGGCGGAAAUUCUAUGAGUGGCUCAAUGGGCCUGGUCGGCAGCUCAAGGAACCUAUUCCAGACUCAACAAACUACCUGGGAGCUUACGACAAGUAUGGCAACCUAGUACGUGCUGGUCCUGGAUGGAGGAACGACGGGGGCGCAAAGGCUGCGGCCUCGACCAAGACAGAACAAGCCGGUGUAGAAGCCAAGGCAGAAGAGACCACAGAAGCGGCGCCUGCAGGACAGGAGAGCUUGGACGCACUAGAGGCCGCAAUACAGUCUGGUGCAGCUGAAGAGAAGGAAACCAAGAAGAGAAGCGAAAAGCAAGAUGACAGCAAGCUUCCACCUGAAACGGCAGAAGACUUGCGGCCAUUCCCGCUCAAUCAGUACUUCCGCAGCCAGCCAGUUCUGAGCGAAGACCUACGGGAAGCAAUCUACCGCAGAGUUAAAAAGGACGGCGCGACAGUAUCGCUUGCCAGUGUCGAGUUCGGCGUCAGCAAUGAGCGUGUCGGCGCAGUAGUGCGACUGAAGCAAAUGGAGAAAGAGUGGAUAGCCCAGGGCAAAACACUCGCACUUCCCUACUCCAAGGCGGUGCUCUCCAUGCUUCCAACAACUCCACAUAUCGACACAUCGCUUCCUAAGAACAAGGGCAAACGGCCGAUUACCCACGAGCCCAUCAAUGACCUGAUGGUACAUCCCGCCACACGCCAGCAGCUUUUCGUGCCUGUUGCCGAGUCUCGGCGCUUCACGCGUGAAGACGCUGGUAAGGCGUUUGACAACACGCUAUUACCGGCCGACGCACGCAUCCCCCAUCCGGAACUUGUGCAGGCGGAGCGUGAGUCGGAGUUGGGGCUCUCGUUCGACGAGCGCAGAAAGCUCGCAGAGCAGCGCUUUGAACAAGAGCAGGAAAAGAAGAGGAAGGAGGAGAGGCGAAAGGAAGAGGAGCUUAGGGCCAUGAAAGUGGUGCCGAAGCGGAGAUGGGAUUUCGUCUUCAAGGACGUCAGCGUAGAAGCUGCGGGCAGAGAUGGAAGAGGAGCAGCCGCAGCCGGAUGGCGGUAUGGUGUGCCGCACCAGGACCGCAAGAGAGGCAUUCCCAAGAUUCCUACGCGGGUCGAGGCAUAG